UUAACACCUGUUCGCGUCGGUCUUUCUUGGUCGCUCGCUGGUCCAGAUUUCCGUUGAGCUGCCGCGAAUCAUUGCAGGGGGGCUGCGGCCCGACUGUUUCUCCGCUACAAAGGUCAGGUGACUCAGCUUUGUUGGAACAAUGGAAUGGAACAAGCGGGAUCGACCGAGGUUGUAAAGUACUCGUAAAGUACAUGAACGACAGGGGUAGCUCGCUUUGAAUCGGUGUAUCGGAUGUGGGCUUGCUUGCUUGGUGGGUUGCUGUUGAUCCUAAUGUCAUCCAGUUUGGGCUUUACAUUACAGCUUCCUUGUUCCACUUACUUGUUAAGCUGGUCUUGACUUCACAUCGCUCAAUUUGACUCCAAACAUAACAAAUUGUAAAGCAGUCCUAUUCACGAUGACCGCAAUGAGAAGUUUGAGGCCAAUUGCCUCUCAAUUCCGAGCUGCGACGUCUGCCCUCCCCGCUAUAGCUCGAGCAUACUCAGCAGGGCCAGCGAAGUCCUACGAAUUCAUCGAGACGAGUGAACCUAGACCAGGAGUUGGGCAGAUAACCCUCAACCGUCCCAAAGCCCUCAACGCUCUCUCCACCCCCCUCAUCACCGAACUCAACACCGCCCUCCUCGCCUUCGAUGCCUCCUCCUCCAUCUCCAGCAUCAUCCUAACCGGCUCUCAGAAAGCCUUCGCCGCUGGCGCCGACAUCAAAGAGAUGUCCACGCUCACCUUCUCCGAAGCAUACACCAAGUCUUUCAUAGAAUCCUGGUCACUACUCACCACCACCAUCAAGAAGCCCAUCAUCGCAGCCGUGUCCGGACACGCUCUAGGCGGGGGGUGUGAAUUGGCUCUGAUGUGCGAUAUCCUGUAUUGUACCGAGAAUGCAAAUUUUGGACAGCCAGAGAUCAAGUUGGGGACGAUUCCUGGGGCGGGGGGAAGUCAGAGGUUGACGAGGGCGAUUGGGAAGGCCAGGGCGAUGGAGUUGAUCCUGACGGGGAAGAAUUUCACCGGGAAGGAGGCCGGGGAGUGGGGUGUUGCGGCGAGGACGUUUGCGAGUUGGGAGGAGCUGAUGGAGGGGAGUUUGAAGACGGCGGAGACGAUUGCGGGCUAUAGUAAGGUGGCUGUAAUGGCUGCGAAGGAGGUGGUAAAUAAGAGUCAGGAUUUGCCGUUAAGAGAUGGGGUGGAGUAUGAGAGGAGGGUAUUUCAUAGUUUGUUUGGAAGCGAGGAUCAGAAGAUUGGCAUGAAGGCUUUUGCCGAGAAGAAGAAGCCCGAAUGGAGUCACAAGUAGACUGGUCUUGAAAUUGUAAUGUGGU